ACACCUCCAACAGCAUCAGCCAAUGAAAAGACUACUCCCCCAGCAGAAGCAUCAAAUGAACAGACCACGCCCCUAAGGGGAUCAACUACUGAACUGACCUCGCCUCCAACAGCAUCAGGCAUUGAUUCAGCCAUGCCUCUACCAGCACCAACCAUUGAGACAACUUGCACAUUAUACCGAUAAUGUACAAACCAUACCAUCUGCCUCAUUAACCGUUAGGUCUCCCUCCACUUCAUUAGGUAUUGGUGAUGACAAGAACAAACAUCCAUCAACAUCAACCAUUGAAACAUUAUCUACUUCAUUAGCCUCCAGUGAUGAAAAGAACAAACCUCCACCAGCCUCAUCUAAAGAAAGGGACACAACUCCAUCAGAGUCAACUAGCAAAAUGACAACUAAUGAAAGUACCAUAUCCCCACAAGCCUCAACCAAUGGCACAACCUCCACUUUACCUGCCUCGCCUAAAGAAAAGACUACACCUCCACCAGGAUCAACCACUGAGACACUCUCUGCUACAUUAAGCUCCAGUGACGACAUAAACAAACUUCAUCCAGCCUCAACUAAUGAGACAGUCUCCGCUUUACCUGACUCAGCUAAUGAUAAGGACAGUGCCUUCAACAGCCUCAACUAAUGAAAAGAACACAGCUACAAUAGAGUCAGCCAAUAGAUGGACAACUAAUGAAGAGACCACAUCUCCACAAUCCUCAACCAAUAAAACAACCUCCCAAAAAAAGACUGCUCCCCUACCAGCAUCAAUCACUGAGACAAUCUCUGCUACAUUAAGCUCCAAUGAUGACAAGAACAAACCUUCACCAACCUCAACUAAUGAAAAAACGACAUCUUCAUUAGACUCCAAAGAGAGAACCACACCUCCACCAGCCUCAACUAAUGAUACAAUCUCCACUUUGACUGGCCUGGAUAAUGAAAAGAACACCCCUCCCGCAGCAUUAGCCAAUGAAAAAGCCAAAACCUAUACCAGGACCAACUAUUGAGACAACCUCCACAUUAUCUGGCUCAGAUAAUGAAAAGACCACUCCAUCUGCAUCAUCAACCAUUGAGUUUGCCUCCUCUUUAUUAGGCUCAGGUGAUGAUGAGACCACACCACCAUCAGUCUUAAAUAAUGACAAGACCACACCUCCACAAGCCACACUAAAGAAAAUGCUGCACCUUCUACAAUCUUCAACCAAUCCACCAGUCUCCAUUGAUAUCACUACUAAAAAUGAAAAGACCACACCACUACCAACAUCAUCCCAUUCCCCCCUAACCUCUAUCAAUGGAAAUAAUAUAACUCCACUUCCUUCAUCCAAAGAAAAAACAAUAUCACCACCAGACAAUGAUAGUAGCAAGGCCACACCUUCACCAGAAAAGCCCUUGGGUCCUGAAGUCUCAGCGAAAGAGAUCUUCUCCAUUAAAUCUACAACUCCAUCCACAAGAAAAAAUGAAUUGAUCCUCAAACCCUUUCACCUUCCACAAAUCCCUGCUGCACCCGGAAGCUCCUCCCAAAGCAGGGACUCUCCAUCUAGCUGGCUCGAUGUGGAUCACCAACGUCCUUUAAAGAAGAAGCUGUUGAUUCCAGAUCCCAAGCUGAGCUCCUCUGCGAGUGAGACCAACCUCCUGAACACAUCGGGAGAGUUUGACCCAGAUGACUUCAUUGCAAAUGUGAAAAGGCUAGCAAUGCCAUUCAAUCUUCCCCUACGCAAACACAAUAAGCAUCGUCUGCAAGCACCUCCGUUUGCAAUGCCUGCCAUCAAAGAAGACCACUUUGAGAAACCCUUUGAUCCGGAGGAGUUCCAGUAUGGCUUGAGGCGAAGGAGAGAAUUCAUUUUGGAUUUGCCUUCAAGUUCAAAAUCAAAGAGUCAAGCUGCAGAAGUCAAGGACGCAGAGAUCAAACCAAAACGAGAGAGCAUCCUCACGAGGUCCGUUAUCUUUCAGAGAGCAAGGAAGGGGUCUGAAAAGGUAGAGGAAGAAAAAGAGGAGGGAACAGAUGUAAAUACAACAGAAAAACUGAAGCCAAAAAUCUCGUUUGGAAGAUGCUCUAUCGUCAGCACUCUACGCAGCCCCAGUAAAGGAAGACGAAUGGAGUUUUUAAGCCCCACUGAGAGUCCUUCAGGUGCGCUGUUAUCACCCAGCGAUGGUCCUGGGUAUACAGCACCUCCAGAAAUACAGCUAGCCCCAACUAUAGAACCAACCAAAUUGGUCCCAAUAGAGGAAACCCUAGUUAAGAAUAACAGCCACGAUACACUGUCUGGUUCUCAGGUUAUUCUAAAAUCUAGCUCGGACAUUGGGCUUGCCAUGACACCUGACCUCAAAACGUCUUCAAGAGACCCCACAGUCUCUCUAUUAAAGACUCUAGUGGUAGCCAAGCUAGUUCCCAGGUUGUACCGACUCCUACGAAAGAUGAACCUACUCUUGCACCUGACUUGAAAGCAAAUUCAGUAGACCCUUCAGUCACCAUGUUUACAGACACUAAUGUUCCUACUCCCCCAGUGAUU